UCAGCGCAUUGUGUAUCACGCUUUGUCGAUUGGCGUUUACAACAAACGUUUUUUGUGUUUAUUAAAGUGUGAAUUUUCAGCGUGCGGUUUUUAUUGAUUUGAUGCGAAUUCGGGAAAUAAAUAUUUUGUUGCAUUAUAAUAGUGUAUGGCAGUUAACCUCAUCGUUGCAAAACUCCCCAAGUUCCUAUCAUUAUCAGAAUAUGACGGUUGUGCAACUUGAAAAAUAUAUUUCUGUUCGUGCCAGAAACACAAGUCUUGACUAGUGACAGUACAGUGCUGUAAACAUUGUAGGAGUAAAUAAUAAAUAAAUUGGUGUCUUUAUGUUCAUUUUGCGUUAGAACUGAUGAGUGCCAGAUAAUAAAUGUUUGUCAGGUAUUUUUGUCUAGUAUUUUUUCAAUCAAGAUUUUUUCAAAAUUAAUAAUGUCUUGUUUGAUUGUGAAUUUAUUACAUUGUAUUCGAUUUUGCAGUUAAUUCAGUUGUGUUUGACAAAUCAGAGGUUAGAAUCAAGGCGGACGGUUUCCUUUCGCAUAGUGAAGGAAAGUGACUGUUUUCUGACGCGUUUGUAUAAUAGUUUAGAAUUAUUUUUGUUAAGAAACGUAUUGUAGACGUUAAUUAAGGUGAAAUUUGUUAAAUUCUGUGAUUUUUGUUCGAAUUGCGGCAUUCCGAACAAGUGAAACUGUUCGUUUUAGUGCGGGAGUGUUAGUAUGGUUGGUGUAUGAAAAAAUUAUGUGAUCGACGGUCAUUAUGGCGGCACCCAUGUUAAAGUGGAAGCGAAUCUCAAAUCCUGUCGGGCCACAACCAAGACCGCGUCAUGGACACAGAGCGGUUGCUAUCAAGGAUCUUAUGGUUGUUUUCGGCGGGGGUAACGAAGGAAUCGUCGAUGAACUUCAUAUCUACAAUACAGCAACAAAUCAAUGGUUUGUACCAUCAACAAAAGGAGAUAUUCCGCCAGGAUGUGCGGCUUAUGGAUUUGUCGUGGAUGGAACACGAAUUUUAGUCUUUGGAGGAAUGGUAGAAUAUGGAAAAUAUUCUAAUGAAUUGUAUGAACUUCAAGCGAGCCGAUGGGAAUGGAAGAGGUUAAAGCCGAGACCACCGAAAAAUGAUCCUCCACCAUGUCCACGACUUGGUCAUAGUUUCACUCUAAUUGGUAAUAAGGUGUUUCUCUUUGGAGGAUUAGCGAACGAUAGUGAUGAUCCGAAGAAUAAUAUACCAAGAUAUUUGAAUGAUCUUUAUACUCUGGAACUUCUACCCAAUGGACAGACUGCUUGGGAAGUGCCACAAACUUAUGGUCACGCACCACCACCAAGAGAAUCACACACUGGUGUCGCUUACACUGAUCAAAAAACUGGAAAAUCAUGUCUAGUCGUCUAUGGCGGCAUGAGUGGUUGUCGAUUAGGUGAUCUUUGGUUCCUCGAUGUUGACACUAUGACCUGGAACAAACCUGCCGUUCAAGGUCCAACUCCUUUGCCUCGCUCUUUACACACGGCAACGUUAAUUGGCCAUCGGAUGUACGUAUUUGGUGGAUGGGUUCCGCUUGUCGUCGAUGAUGUCAAAGUGGCAACACACGAGAAGGAAUGGAAGUGCACUAGCACUCUUGCGUGUUUGAACCUAGAAAAGUUAACAUGGGAGCAAUUGACUGUCGAUUCGCUUGAGGAGAACGUUCCUCGUGCGCGUGCUGGACAUUGUGCUGUUGGUGUCCACAGCAGAUUAUACGUAUGGUCCGGAAGGGAUGGUUAUCGCAAAGCCUGGAAUAAUCAGGUAUGCUGCAAAGAUUUGUGGUAUCUUGAAGUAAGUAAACCACCAGCUCCAUCACGAGUACAACUCGUUCGAGCUUCAACUCAAUCGUUGGAAGUCAGUUGGAAUCCAACACCGUCAGCGCAAUACUAUGUUUUACAAAUACAAAAGUACGAUAUGCCACCAGCAAGUAGCGCUUUUCCGACUACAACACCAACAUCAGCGGCUGCACCAACGCCUACAACGACAACUGCGCCAACAACGCCAGUUACGUCAGCUCCAAUUUCGACAAUCGCUGCUCUACCAAGCACUGUCACGGCCGCGAAGGCAAAUAUCCCACAAGGAAUUCGUGCAACUGGUGCCGUUCAAUUCCCGACUCAAAAACUCAUCACCUCAUCUGUCAUUACAAAACCAGCGAGUCCCGUCACACCCCGUGUCGCCGCCAAUGUGAUUCGUAUCCGUUCGCCACUAGUUACGACAAUUGCUGCCACCACGGAACAAACACCACCCGUCAACACUUCAAACAUGGGACAAACACCAGCCGCAAUGUCAGGAAUUGCCGCAUUGGCCGCGGCCGCUGCUUCAUCACCCAAAAUCAGCAUGAACAACGUUCCAAUUUUACCGCAAAGCGCAACCAAUACAAUUCGCGUAAAGGGCGUGCAACCCGGUCAACAAAUACGUUUCACUGCACCUGGAGCAACUGUUUUACGCGCCGCCACACCGCAACAAAGUAAACAAAUUAUUCUACAAAAACCAGGACAAAAUAUUGCCGGUCAACCUCAAAUUGUUCAUCUCUUAAAAACCGGACAGGGCGUUGUUACAAUGCCAAAAGUGAGUUUAAUUCCUGGUAAAACGGUCACAACAACUGGCGGUGCCAAACCCCUUAAUCAAGGACCAACGAUAUUGAGACUCGUUAAUCCCAAUACAGUUGCGGGUUCAAAGAUUCUCACCACAAUGAAAUCGUCCGGUAUUGUUGCAAUGAGUAAAGGUCAAAGUAUUGCUGGAAAGCAGACAAUAAUGAUAACAAAACCAGGCGGUAAUGGUGGACUCGUGGGUAGAACUAAUCAAAUUAUUGUUGUAACAACUGGUUCUGGUUUGAGGGCCGUUCAAGCCGUGACAACAGCACAAGCCGGCGCUGGACAGGGAACAAUUACAACGCCUGUCAAUGUUCUACCAUUGUCGGCCGCUAAUCACGUCACCAAUCAGCAGGGAGUGAAAAUGAUUGUCGUCUCAUCGGGUGCAAUGGUCGGUGGAACUGCCGGUAAACCAAUAACAAUCACUGUACCAGGUCAGGGUGGAAUUCCCAAAACAGUCACUAUUGCUACAAAAGGCUCUCAACAAGCCCUCUUUAAUCCCGGCAAGAGUCAAAUUGUCACUGUUCCGCAAAUGCAAAAGAAUGCCGAGACUGUCACUGUAGCUGGAAAACCGGUGACUUUACAAAUGUCUGGAGGAAUCGGCGCUAAAACAGUGACACUAGUACCAACUAGUUCUUCAAUUGUGACCACUUCCGGUACUGUGGAAACCAUCGACGCAAGUAAAACGCUGUUCGUUCCAUCGCAGAAACAACCGUCAGCUUCCUUAGUGACAGCAACCACGUCAGACGGACCAGCGACAACGGACGCGGCACUGGCAGCUUUAGCCGCCGAGGCUGGUCUAAUUGAUCCAGUUCAAGAGCCAUCGGGCGGAAUUUCAUUUAUGGUAGCCGCUGAAGAUCCAUCGGGAAGAGACGACAAGGCUGAGGAUGGUUGCAAUGGAAACGAGGCCGUUGCACAAUUAGAUGCCGGCGAACCAAUGCAAGUCGAUGGCGACGGUAAUUUCAUAAUACCACAAGUUGACGGUGCUGCGGAUCUAUUUUUAUCCGAAGACGAGAACAAGGAUGCCGAAUCUGAUACUGAACCAGUAGUCGAGAAUUUCGCCGAUCCACCCGCCGAAGAAGAGGAGACUCAAGAAACUGAAAACCAUCAUCAAGAAACUGAACCACCCGCCACUAGUAGUGAAACACCCGAAGAAAAAGAAUCCCCAAAAGAGACUGAUACCGAUGUACCAUCAACCGAGACUACAAAUCAAAUCACUGAUGAUUCAACUGCCAAAGUUGCGGAAACAAAUCCCGAAGUAACUCAAGAACCACCAGUCGAGCAAGCGGAGGAAAAAGAAGAAGAAGAAGAGGAGGAGGAAGAAAUGUCUGCCCUAAAAGUACAGACGAACGAAAGUGAUAUGCAAGUUGACAAUGAACCCGAAACAUUGCCAGAUUCAGAGAAAUUGGAUGAAUCAACAACCGAGGAAUUAGAACCAACUUCUGAAAUUCCCGAAGAAUUGAAAGAAGCAGAAGAGGCAGAGGAAGAAAAUCAAGAAAAGCCGGACGAAAGUAAAGAAGAAUCGAAGAUCGAAAAAGUUGUCGAAGAAGAGAAAGAUGAAAAAAUGAAAGAAGUUGACGACGAUAAGGAGGAUCAAAUGGACGAAGCUGAAUUAGAAUUAAAAUUACCAAAAGACGAUUCUGAAUUAGAGGACGAAUGUACCCCGGGUGAUAAAGACACCGAACCGGAUAUGCCCCAAGAUGACAACGAAAUGGAAAAGGAAAUGGAUAUCACUGAACCGACAACGGAACCUGAGGAUGAUAUUAGUGCUGUGAAAAAUGAGAAAAUUGAAGACGAUCAAGAAAAUCAGGAGGAAGAUGAGGAGGAUGAACCAAUGGACACUGAUCAACCACUACCCGAAUCAGAUCCUAUUGACGAUAUCGAUAAAGCUGCCGCUGCCGAUAUGGUAUUUGUUGAUGAAAAACCCAAAGAUCUCUUACUAGCCGUUACAGAAUCGGAAACUGUGAAACCCGUCGUAGCAGCAGUAACAGCCGUAGCACCAAUCCAAUCACCUCCUGUCAUUGAGAAAGAAAAAGAACCCGAGACAUUGGCAGCGAAAAUUGAUAACACUUUGAUUAAAAGUGAACCAAAAGAGGUUAAAGUGAAAAAGGAAUCGCCAAGGGAGGAAAAAAGUGAAGAGAACGGCGCUGAGACAAACGACGAUUCCGCUGCUUUAACCACUUUGGCGACUGCAGCUCUUGGAUCCACCGAAACACCUGUUAAAGUUAAACCUGAACAGCAGGAAGAGAAGAAAAAGGAAAUUCAAUGGUAUGACGUUGGAGUAGUAAAAGCAACAAAUUUCACAGUUCAACAUUAUUAUCUUCCAUCGGACGACGCUUUAGAUAUAAACACUGCAUUGACGACGGAUAUUUUCAAAAAUAAACUCAAAAUUCCUUUGGAACCUGGUACUGCAUACAAAUUUCGAGUCGCCGCUGUUAACAGUUGCGGUCGCAGUCCUUGGAGCGAGGUGUCUGCUUUCAAAACGUGUCUUCCCGGCUUCCCUGGAGCCCCGAGCGCAAUUAAAAUUUCCAAAUCAUCAGAAGGCGCACAACUCUCGUGGGAGCCACCGCCAAGUAAUUUGGGCCCAAUAUUAGAAUAUUCCGUCUAUUUGGCAGUGCGUAGCGCAAGUGCCACACCAAAUAAUACUGGUGAAGCAACAACAGUGGCAACAACACCAACGCAAUUAGCGUUUAUAAGAGUUUACUGUGGACCCACCAAUGCAUGUUCAGUACCAAAUAGUUCCCUGAGUGCGGCUCACGUCGACACAACAACAAAACCCGCCAUCAUCUUUAGAAUAGCUGCCAGAAACGAUAAAGGCUAUGGACCCGCAACCCAAGUCAGGUGGCUUCAAGAUCCUACCACGACAGGAAAGAGCAAUCCUCAAGUUAAAAGACCUGUGACGGAUGUUCGACCUCAUGCAGGAUCGCCAAUGAAGAAAGUGAAGUCAGAAGUCGCGGGUGAUAAUUUCUCGUGAGCUAUUUUUAUCUCUCAUUGAAUUUAAUUGGAAAAAAGAGCCCCUUUUACCCCCCCUUUUAUUAUAAAAUAUCCAUUAGUACGAAACCAAAUAAUGUCAAGAGAUAAAAAAAAAAGAAAUUGACAAUUAACUUCAGUUUUGUACUAAUCGGAUGCAUGAAAACAAGAGCAUAGGGAAAAAAGUGGUACGCGAUUUCGUUAAAAAAAGAAAAGAAAAAGUAAAAUGUCUUCAUCUUAAGGUGCGCUAUUAUAAUGUAAUUUGAUACCACGAAAAUAGUUUUGUCCGUCAAAGUUCUGGAUCACGAGAAAGACGCUAGAAUAUAUUUUCAAGCAUUAUAGACUUUGAGGCAAUAAUUUUUCCUCAAUAUUGGGAAUCAUAUAUUAGUUCAUUUUUUUUCUUCUUUUUUUUCUUUUGCAAAAUCAGAGCACAAAUACUUAUAUUGUAAAAGAAAGUCACUGCACUUGUUCAUUAUUAAUCAACAACUAUUAUUUCUGGUGCAGUCAAAUAUCAUACGUCUUAGUAAGUAAAUGAAAAAUUUUAUUUUUUUUUAUUUGAAAAAUAAUUUUUUCAUAAUGACAAAUAACAUUUUGAUUGUGCUUCUCUCGUUGCUUAUUGAGAUCAAUUUAUUGCUCUGUCAUUAAAUGAACUUCUAUUUUUUUUUUAAGAAAAAACAAAUUGUAGAAAAGCUUUCAACAUUACUUGUUUAUUUCAAUUUUUUUCUUUAUUCUGUAAUAAAACUUAUUACAAAAA